CUAAGACCCGAUGAGUGACAGGUGCCCGGAUAGUGACGGGCCCAGGUCACAAAACGUGCGAAGUCAUUAGAGCCGAAGCCGAAGGAGACCUUUAAAUGCUUUCAAACACCUAAUGAAAACGUCAUUGUAUACAAGGCUUUGAGAUGGCAGAAAAUGGUGGCUUGGUAUACAUUGAAAUGGAUGGACAGUUGCAUUAUCUCCAGCUAUCACCUGUUGAUCCACCCACAGGGACACAAGUCAGUGCAGAUGUUCCCUUUGUAGAUAAUUCAGAGGUCACACCCACAGGUGGUCCUGUUGAGGGUCGACAGGGCGAAGAUGAAAUUUCGCCAGCAGACCCCAAUAAGGAGCCACCAACUCAGUCUGCAAAAGAAGAGCUGUCUGCUCCAGCUACAUGGACAAAGUCUACAGGAGACAAGUCACAUGAAUGCACUGUGUGUGGCAAGGGAUUCAACAAAUCAGCGUACGUCAAAAUUCACAUGCGUGUCCACACUGGGGAAAAGCCUUAUGCCUGCCACUUGUGCGAAGCUCGCUUCACGGGCAGGACUGCACAGCAGCGGCACUUGCUGCGUCACACCGGGGAACGGCCGUUUAAGUGCGACAUUUGUGGCAAUGACUACGUGCUUAAGCAAGAUCUGCGUGAACAUCGCAAGGGUCAUGGUUUUGACGCAGAAAAAAAAUGCGUAUGUGAUGUUUGCGGCAUAGCUUUUCGCUAUCCAUUCCAGUUGAAAAUUCACAAAAGACGUCACACUGGUGAAAAACCUGUGGAGUGCAAUAUUUGCCAUACAAUGUUUCGCACGCCACAGACUCUGUAUAUACACAAGAGGACUCACACUGGGGAAAAACCUUCCAAGUGCCUGUUCUGUGGCAAGCGAUUUGCCACAACAUCUGAUAAAAACAGACACGAAAUGAUCCAUCGCAACGAAAAACCUUUCAAAUGCGAUUUGUGCGAUAAGCAUUUUCAGAGGCGAUACAAAAUGGAAAGUCAUCGAAAGGUUCAUUUCAAGGAGACUGUUAAAAGUGCAAAUAAUACCAAAGACAAAACUUUCCAGUGUGGUACUUGCGAUCAAACAUUUGCCUUACAGUUAUCCCUUGAUCUACACAUGAGAAUGGUUCACAGCACAGAGGAGGUUGAGCAGGGCCAAGCUAGCGAAACAUCUUACAAAAACGGAGAAGAAAAGGACUCAGAAUCUGUUAUUGUAAAAGUUGUGUGAUUUUAUUGCGAUGAACAUCAUAAACAACAAUGGAAUGUCAUUGUUAAUGAGGUUAAUGAGGUCGCAUGUACCCGUGAAAUCGACUAAUUCGUGUGUGUGACCUCAAAUUUAAACCAUGAUUAUGUUACUUGUUUUACGUGGUACCCAAAGUCCAACUUCUGUUAUUCUUAGAAAAGUGUUUUGAGGCUUGUGUGGAAGGCAGGAUGAUACCUUACUAGCAGUGAAAGUAAUAAUUGAUGACAUUUAUUUGCACUUUUAUAUGGACUUUUUGAUGGUGAAUUUUUAGGCCAGAUUCAGUAAUCACGGUUAUAUGUAAAAAGUGGUUGUUAAAUCGACUGUGUUGAAUACAAGUUAUGUCCCUUGGUGGCUAAGUGGUUUAGGAUGCUAAAUUGUAGACUUUAGUGUUUUCUCAUGACCUAUGAAAUCAGGUUCAAAUCCAGCUGUUGCCCUCCAGAUCUCCACAAUGGAUGACUGAGAUA